CUGUUACUGUGAAGAUCACGUACAAUACACAUAACUGUGUUUGCCAGUAAAGGGGAAACAUUAUAAGAAUAUCUGACAAAUUCAUUUAUGCUGAGCAAGACAAUGUCUGACAAGAACCAAACCUCAGACCUUCCUGAUGCACACAGAGGGCGUCUAGAGGAAAACCCGGGCACUGGGCUAUUAAAUGUGAAGGAAGAGGAUGAGACGGAUGACAUGAAUAGUCAUCAGACUGAAAUACAUUGCUCCCUCCCUGCCGAUAAGGAUUACACUGAUAUAGUGAAAGUUGAGAUAACAGAAGAUCUGUGUGUGAGGCAUCAGCUGGAAGCACCAGAUGAGGAAACCAGUGACAGCAUCAGCCCAGGCCGUAUGGAUGUGACGCCUUCAGAUGGCUCAGCAGUUGAGUACAGAGGAGAACCGUAUGUGUGUGAUCACGUGAAGACUGAGGAGGAUGAAGUUCCUAUCAAUACGGCUACAGAUGAAUUCACAAACUGCAAUAAUCCUAGUCAUGAUCAGAGUGCAGAUGCUUCUUUACAUCUUCUUCAAAAUCAAAGAAGCCACGUGGGAAAUUUAUGUUCUGAAUGUGGGAAAGGUUUUCUUAAGAAAUCACAUCUUCUUAAACAUCUAAGAAUUCAUACAGGAGAAAAGCCAUUUUCUUGUCCUAUAUGUGGGAAAUGUUUUAACCGUAAAAACAUUCUUGUUGCUCAUCAGAAAAUUCAUACAGAAAAAAAAGGAUUUUCAUGUUUUGACUGUGGGAAAUGUUUUACUCUGAAAUCAACUCUUAUUACGCAUCAGAAAACUCAUACAGGAGAGAAAGCAUUUUCAUGUUCUCACUGUGGAAAAUGUUUUACUCAGAAAUCAACUCUUAUUACACAUCAGAAAUCUCAUACAGGAGAGAAAUCAUUUUUAUGUUCUGACUGUGGGAAAUGUUUUACUCAGAAAACAACUCUUAUUCAGCAUCAGAAAAUUCAUACAGGGGAGAAAGCAUUUUCAUGUUCUGAUUGUGGGAAAUGUUUUACUCUGAAAUCAAAUCUUAUUACGCAUCAGAAAACUCAUACAGGAGAAAAAGCAUUUUCAUGUUCUCACUGUGGGAAAUGUUUUACUCAGAAAUCAACUCUUAUUACACAUCAGAAAACUCAUACAGGAGAGAACGUAUUUUCAUGUUCUCACCGUGGAAAAUGUUUAUCUCAGAAAUCAACUCUUAUUACGCAUCAGAAAUUUUUUUCAUGUUCUGACUGUGAGAAAUUUUUUACUCUGAAAUCAAAUCUAAUUGCGCAUCAGAAAAUACAUACAGGAGAGAAAGGAUUUUCAUGUUUUGACUGUGGGAAAUGUUUUACUCGGAAAUCAAAUCUUAUUACGCAUCAGAAAAUUCACUCAGGAGACAAAGGAUUUUCAUGUUUUGACUGUGGGAAAUGUUUUACUCAGAAAUCAAAUCUUAUUACGCAUCAGAAAACUCAUACUGGGGAGAAAGGAUUUUCAUGUUCUGACUGUGGAAAAUAUUUUACUCUGAAACAAACUCUUAUUAGGCAUCAGAAAACUCAUAUUAAAAGAAAUCAAAGUUUAACCUAAGUGCAGAGGGUGAUACAUAGUUGUCACCCACACAAUACCAAGUGCUAUUGAUGACUGCAUGUGACCUCCUGGGGCAUGCAGUUUUGGAGCUGUUUGAGGUCCCUUCUGCAGCUUAAGUGUUUGAGGUGACCCCAGGGUGAAUUUGAUUUAACUCAUGAUUUAAAUCACUAGUCAGUAAGACUGAUUUAAAUCAUGGUUUUCAUUUUUAGAAU